AUACAAUACAAUAAAACACCUUACCAUACCAUACCAUACCAUACCAUACCAUACCAUACCAUACCAUACCAUACCAUACCAUACCAUACCAUACCAUACCAUACCAUACCAUACCAUACCAUACCAUACCAUACCAUACCAUACCAUACCAUACCAUACCAUACCAUACCAUACCAUACCAUAUAUUUAGCGCAUUUCACAAUGGCUGCAGCUGUACAUCUAACAAUCGGAGAACCAUAAAGACAGUGAAAAAAGUAAAUUAAAACAAAUUAAUAUACAGUAGUAGAAAAAUAACAAAAAAGCCAGUUGAAAACCAAUAAAAGGGGGUCUUCAAAUGAGUUUUAAAACUGGACAAAGAGGGUGAUAGCAUUUUAGGUACCUGGGAGUUCAAGCACUCAAGAAAAAUAUUCAAAUUGACUGAUCUUGACAACCAUAACAUUAAUUAUUGUUGUAAAAAUAUGAACCUUCAAUCGAGUACUGUAUGUUUUUUUUUUUACAAUUUGUUUAGCUUGUUAAAAAGAACACAGCAAAAAGACAAGAAUAUAAAAACUAAAAAAAUAAACUGAAACUUGGCUGAUGUUGUUCCAAUGAAGGAAAACAUUAUUCUUACAUGCAUAGAAUCUUAGAUAAGGAAAUUUUAUAGAUACACAUGGAGAGGAUUAUUAUUGUUGUUUUAUUUUUUUAAGCAAGAUAGUUAGUAAAAUCAUAUCAGAUGAUGUGCAGUGUCAACAGAAACACUCGAGGCUGAGAAGAUGCGUAAAACAUUAGUUAUCCAUUAAGCUCCGUUAUGGUGAGCAAAGUUCCUCCGCAGCGGAUUUCUUUAUGGACAAGAUAUUUUCACAAGCGUCACAGAACCAAGUAAAUAACGAUGGGCUUUGAAGUGCGCUGGAUUAAGAUUGGAUCGUUGAUUGUCAUUUUGGCAGUUUUAAAGGUGCAGACUGCUCCAGCAACAACAGAUGAUAAUGCAGAUGAUGGUGAACUCAGGGUUGAUAUCCCAGACAUCAAUAAAGACUUGAGGCAUCUUUUUGAGGGAGACAUUGCUCGUGAUUCCAGCAGAAAUGCAAUCCUUGAUGAAACAAGGAGAUGGAAGUUCCCCAUACCUUACAUUUUAACAGAUUCAUUAGAGUUGAAUGCUAAAGGGGUAAUACUCCAGGCUUUUGAGGAAUACCGUUUAAGAUCUUGUGUGGACUUCAAACUUUAUGAAGGAGAAGCAAGCUACAUCUCUUUUACAAAGCUCUCUGGAUGCUGGUCGUUUGUCGGAGAUGAUAAAUAUGGACAAAAUGUGUCGAUCGGGGCACGAUGUGACACUAAGGCCAUUGUAGAGCAUGAGCUCCUGCACGCUCUUGGCUUUUACCAUGAACAGUCACGUUCCGACAGAGACGACUAUGUCAACAUAUGGUGGGACCAAAUUGAAGAAGGAAUGGAGCACAAUUUCAACAAGUAUGACGAUGACUUCAUCACUGAUCUCAACACCCCAUAUGAUUAUGAGUCCAUCAUGCACUACAGACCGCUUUCCUUCAAUAAGAAUGAGAGUAUCCCGACAAUCACUACCACCAUUCCGUUUUUUAAUGAUGUCAUCGGACAACGACUGGAUUUUAGUGCCGUGGAUAUCACGAGGCUCAACCACAUGUACAGCUGUGCAAAUACACAAACACUUCUGGACCAAUGUUCUUUCGAACUGAACAACAUCUGUGGAAUGAUCCAGAAUGAGAAUGACAAUACAGACUGGGUCCAGACGCUGAGCACUCCUGCUGACCCAGAUCAGACGCUUGCAGGACGAUGCAAGGAUUCUGGCUACUUCAUGAAGUUUGACACUUCUACUGGUAAUGCUGCAAACAGUGCUUUACUGGAGUCUCGCAUUCUUUAUCCCAAGAGACAUGAGCAGUGCUUGCAGUUCUUCUACAAGAUGAGCGGAGUAGCAGGGGACAAAUUAGUGAUUUGGGUCCGGAUGGACGAUGGAACUGGGACUGUUCGUAGUGUCAGGAAGAUCCACACCAUCACAGGUGACGGAAAUGAUGCCUGGAAAAUAAGCCAUGUAACACUCAAGAUGUCACAAAAAUUCCGCUAUAUCUUCCAAGGAAUCAGAGGAUCAAAAAACUCCUCUGGUGCCAUCUCUCUGGAUGAUAUCACUCUUAGUGAGACUGUUUGCCCCAAUGCCAUCUGGCAAAUCCACAACUUUACUGGACUUCUUUCCAGCACCCCACCUGGCAGUCCAGUAAAAAGUCCAUGCUUUUACAACAAUGAAGGCUACUCGUUUGGGAUAAGCAUUUACCCAAAUGGAAAAGACAAUGUCUACCCAGAAUACGUGGGUUUGUUUUUCUACCUCUGCAGUGGUGAAAACGACGUAGUGAUGCAGUGGCCGGCCCAGAAUCGACAAAUUACAUUUGUCGUCAUGGACCAAGAUCCUGAUGUUAAAAUGAGGAUGUCCUCGACAAGGAGUUUUACCACUGAUGUUGAUGAGCGCUGGAGCAAACCAACAGCUACGUCUAGUGCAGUGUGGAAUGCUGAUUGCAACUGUUACCAGGGUGGAGAAAGAGGCUGGAGCACUUUUAUUUCUCACAAGCAAAUCCACAAAAGGAGCUUCAUCAAAAACAAUGACCUCAUCAUUUUUGCUGAUUUUAAUGAUCUGACACAUUUAAUCAAGACUGAAGUACCCGUCAAACCUCUCCCACUAGAUGCUAAGAAUCCAGCAGAAAUGAGUUUGGGGGCUUCCGAAUCUGCUUACCCAGACCCUUGUCGUCCCAACCCUUGUUUGAAUGGUGGUGUGUGUGUGGAGAGAGAUGGAACAGCUUCCUGCAGGUGUGCUUCAAGUCAGACCUCUCUCGACAGUAGUAUGAGGUGUGAAAAUGUGAAUAUAGGCAGACGCAUUCUGCAAGCGUCUGACACUGAGCGUGAACUCCACGUGUCGAUGAUCAAAAAGGUGCCGUCCCAUUCACCAGCAUUAACGCCAAGUCUGUUUGUUGUCUCAACUGUUUGGAUAGCAAAUGUCUUCCUGAUCUAGACCACCAGUCCAAUUUCAGAUCAAUAUAUCGUGUUCAAAGAAGAAAAAAAAAGUCAACUAUAGGAGUCCUCAUCCUGACACUGUAACUAUUCUGGGGAUCAAUUUCUUCAUAUGAUUACUGUAAUUUGAUUGUAAGAAUAUUAGUAUUUUUAGAAAUUGUUUGAUAAUUUAACUGAAUUUGAUAACAUAAAAAAUUUGAUUGAU